AUGGCAAAAGUGAACAAGAAGAAAGAUAGGGAAAGAGCUAAAGAAUACAGGGCAAAGCAUGCAGAGAAGGUAAUGGCACGCACAUUGCAGAUAGAUUUUGCAAUGAACUACAGUUGCGAGUACAAGGCUGUUUAUUUCAUUGCAGGGGCUGCUGAUCGUGUGAAGUUUCCCACUACCCCUCCCCCUUGUCGAAGGCACCAGACUGGGCUAGCAGGUGCUGCUUUACUGCCUGAAACAUAUCCACUCACAAAGAGCAAGUCCCAUGAAUCACAGCUAGGAAACAGAGUAGAAGGUUCAGAAGGUGGGAGUGGAAGUUCUGAUCAGGGAGGAGGCCCAGCCACUAGAGUUAUGAGGGGUCGCCUGCCAACGGAGCCUGGCCCCAACUGUACGAGUGAUUUGGGCCAAAUGUCUCCUCAGCUAUCUAGCCCUAUAAAAUCGCCCCCAUACUGCGCUCCUCUCGAUGGAGAGGAUAGAGUCACCUUGCAGGUCCCUAAGUCACCUCGAACUCCAACAACUAUUUCUCGAGGAAUGGGGCACAUGAUAGCCCACAGAUUUAAGAAAGAAUUUAAACUUGUGGCAACCUGUGAUUACUGUGACAAGCAGAUGCUUUUUGGCACAGGUCUAAAGUGCAAAGAAUGCAAGUACAAAUGUCAUCGUGAAUGCGAGCCAAAAGUUCCUCCAUCUUGUGGCUUACCACGAGACUUCCUGGAUUACUUUUCCAAGUCAUUAGUUCAACCAGAAGUAUUUCUUCCUAACCAGUCACCAAGUAUGGGACGUGGCCCUGGUUCUUCUUCAGCAGUUACCAUUUGGUCAGAGCGGAGCAAGCAUCGUGGCCAUUCACAGUUGCCGAUUAUAACACCUUUUCCUACUGGUCCUGAUUCUAGUUCAAACACAUCAAGUUGCAAUAGCUCUGCUCCCUCAAGCCCUGCUUUGGGAGCUUUGGGUGCUGCACACACUCCACAGCCUGUUUUAAAACCACAAUUCCACUUUCCAGAAGUAGAGAGAGGAGUUACCUUGGAGACACACCCUCUGCCUGCUGUGCAAGUGCCAGAUGAAGUGGCUGACACACACCGUUCAAACGACAGCGAUCGCACAGUGUCUGGUUCAGGCAGUGCUAGCACAGAUUCAGAACGUACUCCUGUUCGAGUGGACUCUCAGGAUAGCCAGGUGUCUGACGGGGAAGCAGUGGAGCGCCCAUGGCCUCGACAAAACAGUCUUUCAAUGCGCGAGUGGGACAUUCCAUUUGAUGAACUAAAAAUUGGUGAGCCAAUAGGCACAGGACGCUUUGGUACUGUAUAUAGGGGCAAUUGGCAUGGAGAUGUUGCCAUCAAGUUAUUGAAUAUGGACAAUUUAGAUGAUGAAAAAACUUUAGAAGCUUUUAAAUUGGAGGUCGCUACAUUUAGAAAGACACGACAUGAAAAUCUAGUUCUCUUUAUGGGUGCAUGUAUGAAGUUGCCUCGUCUUGCCAUAGUAACAAGUAUGUGCAAAGGCAUGACUCUGUAUACGCAUAUCCACCUUCGUAAGGAUAAAUUUAACAUGAACAAGACUACGAUUGUAGCACAGCAGAUCUCACAGGGAAUGGGCUACCUCCACGCACGUGGUAUUGUGCAUAAAGAUCUUAAGAGCAAAAACAUCUUUCUUGAAAAUGGCAAGGUAGUCAUUACAGACUUUGGCCUUUUCAGUGUAACAAAGUUGUGCUUCGGAAACAGACGAGGCAAUGGUCUAAGCAUUCCACCUGGCUGGCUCUGUUAUCUGUCACCUGAAAUUCUGAGGAGUUUACGUGUGCGACAGAAACAUGAUGAGGAGGAGUUACCUUUCACCCAAGCUUCGGAUGUUUAUGCCUUUGGGACCGUGUGGUAUGAGCUGCUGUGCGGUGAGUGGCCUUUUAAAGCGCAACCUCCUGAAGCCAUAAUCUGGCAAGUAGGCAAGGGUAUGAAGCAGUCUCUUGCUAACCUACAGGCCUCACGGGAUGUAAAGGAUAUCCUGAUGCUGUGCUGGUCAUAUCGACCUGCAGAUCGACCUGAAUUUUCACAGCUUCUGAAAACCUUAGAGAAACUGCCAAAAAAGCGGCUAGCACGCUCGCCCUCUCACCCAAUUCAUCUCUCUCGAUCAGCAGAGUCUGUCUUCUGAGCGUAGCUGUUUAUGUCCUGCGGCAACAUUUGUGCAAUAAUCUAUGCUGUGCUCAGAUUUACCUGCACAUUCAAGAUAGUCAUCAGAAUCUUUUUCUUCUUCAAUUUCAUCAAUCUUCUUUUAAAAUAUUUUAUUUCAACCAUUUGGCACUCGUAAAUAUCUGAAACUUUCAGCACUUAUCUAAUCAAUUCUUCGAUUUUACUUGAAUUUAUUCUUAUUAUUACCAACUGUAUAUUUCUCUUUCUGUGUAAUUUAUGCUUUAUCUUUCUUGCAGGAAUAGCUAUUGCAAUAAAAGAAUACACUAAACUGUUCCAAAAACAACUAAUCAUGUAUGUUUUUCUACCAUUCUAGUCACCCAUCAAGCCAUGUAAAAUGGGAGAGGGUUUCCCAAGAAGACUUUAGUAGUAGCAUUCCACAAGUGCUGUUGAACUUGUAAUGGACUUGGUUUAUUGAUUUUUUCACCAUCUCUUGAUGGGUGUAGGUAAUUAAUGGCAUAUUUGAAAAUUAUGUGAUGUUUGUUGCUAAGGAACUUUCUGUAAUGAGUGAGGAUUAGUAAUAGUAAUAAUGAACAAGAGUAAUCCUUUUAAAUCUGCACAUGUAUGUAACAAAAUUAAUGCAGUAGAUGCAGUGCAAUGGUUCUUGAUGAAGAAGCCUGAGGCAGCAAAACCUUCCGGCCAUGCACAUUCUUUUUCUGUACAAAUACUUAUAAAUAUCUUGUGUAUAAUCUCAGAGAAUCAUCUUUUUCAGAAAUGUACUUUCAGUUCAAUAUUUGGUGUAACAUUAUUGUUCUAGUUUGAUUGUGUUCUUGCAUGAUGUCUUGGGGGACAUGAAGAGCUGGAAUUUAGGAUAUGUUCAGCUUUAGCACCAAAUUCUGUAUUGGUGGGAAAGGGAAAUCACAAGGUUCUGGAGUCAGGGACAUUUUAAUUUAUUUUAUAUACUUUGAAAUAAAAUAAAUAAUCAUGUGUGGCCUUUUAUAAGCUACCAUCGGUACUUUAAAAAAACAACAACAAUCUUUAGGCAUUGUCAAAACAAACCAUCUGCAAAUGUUGAGAUUGAUGGUCACAUUAAUAUAAAGUUGCACAGACAAUAACCAUUUUCUUAUUUUAUUUGAAUUUAAUAUUUUUUGACCCAUUUUAAACAGCUUUUUCCAAAACAUUGUAUUGUGUGUGUUCAAAAUAAUUAUAUUUUUUCUUGAACAGAUUGUAAAGAAACAUUUUAAAACUUUCUUAAGAAUUUUGAAAUUUCAGUUGGUGUGUUUUUGGUUGCAACAUUGUUCUCUGCAAAUCUUAAUUGCAUACUUUUCAAAGAUAGUUGUUUUUUUUUUUGUUGCUCCAAUAAAGGAAACCAAAGGAAGCUGUGCCAUGAUAUAUUCCUGUGAAAUAUUAAGCUUCUUGUAGAGCAUCAAUGCAGGAAAACUGAAAAGGCAAUCUCUUAGAAUAAAGCUUGCUGUUCAAAGCAUUCAAUUUUGUUUCAUAUAUGUCGCAAUUUUAUAUACAACUUUUUCAUCUUGCACUUUGCUAAACAAAUUGAACAGGCAUUCUUAUCUUGUAGGUUCCACACAUGUAUUUUCCAUCAUCAUUGUAGCUUUCUUUCAAGACUCUGAAUUUGAGUAGAGAACUGUUUGAGAUAGUCUGAUUAUAAUUCAUAAAUCAUGGCGUGCCUAAUAUGAUAGGCAAACAUGACUUCUUUUGUCAUUUAGCCAUUGAAUGGAAAAACUUCAUAGAGUAAUUUGGACAACUUUCUAGCCAAUAAGUAAAUUCUGCACUUUAUUACAUCACUAUCUGUGAACCUGAAGAGUUAAGAAGUGCAAGAUUGUGUAAUUUCUAAUAAUACAGGUUUUUAGUAACACUAGACACACUUCUAUUAAAGUAUUUACCUGAUUAAAAGAUGACACAUGUUUAAUAUCUUUCCAAGAUACCCAAAAAAAAUGAAAUAAAAUAAAUAUUUCAAUUUUUUCAAUCACUUUUAUUAUUUAUAUAGUUUAGAUCUGAUUUAUGGCUCUUACACCCAAACUAUCUUAAUAAAGGAGGUCGAAUAAAAGAGAAUUUCAUGGAAAAUUUGCCAAUUGCCUUUUCAUUUUAUAAAAAUAAAAAAUUUGUUUGAAUAACAUCUUGAAUUGGGCAGGGGCAAAUGCAAUCUGCAAACCAAACCACUUAACGGACUUUCUCCUGCUGCUUUGAUUGUGCAUAAUUGGAAAUGAGUGCAUUUCAGAGUCCAAAAACCUGUAUUUUGAGUUCAAAGGUCUUGAGUUGUUUCUCAUGAUGUAAUUUACAAAAUUAUAUUUUUUGAGAUUGUUUAUUUUGCUUUGGGGGAUUUGGGAGAAGUGCAGAAUCUUGAAAUAUACUAGGCUUGACAUUUUUUUCAUGUAUGAAAAUAAGACCUCUAUUUUUUCAGAGGACAAAAGCGAGAAAACAAUACUAGUCUUAUAUCUGGGUAAAUACUGCAAUUACCAAAUUGCGUGAUGGUUUUCAUGAAGUUGCAGGACUUCAUUCUACAUUUGUUCCUCUAAUACCUGUAAGGACAAACUCAGCAAUACUAGAUAUGAAGAAGCAUGUGUGAAUGAGUUGAAAACAUCUUUUUACUUUAAGAGAGUAUAGACUUUUUUUUUGCUUUCAUCUUUGUCAUCUGUGUAUCAUUGAUUUUGUUUUAUCGUCUUCUUAGCCAUUUGGUUGACCCUUAGGUGGGUUUUGUGCCUAACUUCUUUUUCCACUCUUUUCUAUUCCAAGUCCCAGGAGGUAUCUGCCAUCCAGCCAUUGUCUUUGUCUUUGUUGGCUUUCCAACUAGGUCGCGACUGGCCUCUUUUCCUUUUUUCUUAGAAGCUUCUUUGGAAGUCUAUUGCUCUGCAUCCUCUGCAUGUGUCCAAACCGAAACAGUUGUUUCCUUUCAAUUACAUGCAGUAUAUCUGGUUUCAAACCCAUAAUCCCUUAAUUAUUGGAUCCCAUGGACAUUGGAUGAAUCCCACAAAUAUUGGAUUUUGUUUUAUAAAAAUGUGUAACUCAAUUGAUAAUAGAAUGUUGUUUGAAGAAGAAAACAUAAGGGUUAAGGCUUAACCCUAGAAUCGCCAAUCGUAUUGUUUCAAUACUAACAUUUCAUUUUGCAUUAUAAUUUUAAUUUUUGUCUUGAGACUCAAUCGUUGACAAGUUUUAUCACUUUUACGUGUUUCAUUGCAUUUACUUGUUGCAUUAAGAGUAAUAAUUUUUUUAUAUCUACAAAACUUAAUUUUUUUUCUAUGUACCAUUUUACCUACUGUGCCACCUGGUGUCUUUUGACACCAACAUGGGAGUUCACUUUGUGGCUGUAACAUUUUCUUUUGUUUCACUAAAUCACUGUCUGAUAUUGUGAGAUUCUAGUUCUUAUCGUUUUGUUUAUCAGCAACUUUGAUUUCUGGUUCCAAUAAAAAAGCAACUAAUUUCACAUUACCCAUUUGUUUCUAAGCCUAUUCAGUUGUUUCUCUUCUUUCGAGGGAAGUGUUAGUAUGUUGAAAAUGAGACUUUAUUUAUAUGAGGAGUUUAAAAAAUUUAUAUCUCAGCAGUCUUAGUUCUGUUGAGACUCUGGCUCUUGCAAAAUAUUAUGGAAGAAACUGAAGGAAGGACAAUGAUGACAGGUCCAACAAUUAGUAGCAAGUGCUGAAUGAGUAAAAUUGACUUUACAGACUUAAAUACUAAGUAGAGAAAAUAUUUCAGUUAGUGAACAUGGGAACUUUUCGAAUAAUUUUUUAGGUACAGUCGACUCCGUUUAUAAUGAACUUCUGGAGACUAACAUUUUUGGUUCACUGUAUCUGAGGAUGUCAAAAAUAAAUAGAAUUUCUCCACAGUGAUUGAUUUUGUUAAUAUAUGUAGAUAUACAGAAAAUACAUUAACAGCUUGAAUUUAAAAUUUAAAUAUCAUUAUAUGUUCUUUAAAACAAUAAUUUUCAAUUGUUUGCUUUGUUCAUUUCUCAUUACUAAUUUCUCUAGACCCUUCUUUCAUAGUUUGUACUCUCACCAUACUUGAUCUUGUAUUGUCCACUGCCUCGAAAUAUUGUAAUGCAGUCUUGGCACCCUUCAAUACCUUGUGCACUCUUGAAAAUCCCAUUCUUUAAAGGCCCUUUUAAUCGCCUAAUAACAUAUGAGAUCCUUUCAGUAGUGGCAAGGUGCAAGUGGCUAUGGAAACUGAUCGCUUUUCUCCGUGGCAUGACGGGUAUCGAGAGGCUGUGGCUGUCGCACGUUCCGUGUUGCCUUCAUAGAAUACAAUGCGCUUUGAUCCGCAGAAUAUCACAUAACAUCAAGCUUGAAAUUGAGUGGCAUCAGUAAGGUCCCCAUUCUGGGUCUGUUACGUUCGCCUAGAGGGAGAUUUCUUCAAUUAUGACCUUUGGCCAAUAUUUUUUUCAAGCUGCCUAGUCUUGAAAUUUGUGGCACUGAGGCGAUAUAUUCUUCUCCAUGAGGGAAUUAAUUUCCAGGUCAUUGUAUUUCCCAUAACCGAGGUUCACUAUAACCAUACCUUUUUAUGCUUAUUUAUAAUGUAGGUGAAAGGGGACCAGUAUCUUAAGUACAGUAUAUCAGAGUUCACUGCAAUCGGAGUUGGCUGUAAUUUAUUUUAUGAGUAUCAUACGUAUGAUCAUUAGCUUGCCUAGUUUUAAAUAUUAAAUAUUUUAUUCAAAUAUGAAGUAUAUAAAUACUAGAAAUAAUUAAGAUGAAGAAAGUAAUAGAAAUCAGUUAAACAAAAUAUUUAGUUACCGUCACAGCAACCACCAGAAAAUAUGAAGGUCUCAAAACAACACCCUUGGGCAGAAUAGAUAAGUACAGAAUCUUAACUAUUCCAGUGAUAAUACAUGAAUGUGAUGUUGAAUAAUCCAGAAGACAUUCAUGACAAUCAUUUCUUUGCUGUCUGUCAUUUUUUCUCAAUUCACCUCAUCCCACAUCAACUCCUCUACCUUAACUUGCCUCACCUCACCCCAACUUGUCUCAUCUCACCUCACCCCAUCCAUCUUGUCUUACCCUACCUCAACUUGCCUCACACCAUCCUGACUUGCCUCGCACCAUCCUGACUUGCCUCUCAGUACACAGACUUGCCUCUCCCCAUCCCAACACUUCUCACCCCAAUCUGACUCCUCAUCCCAACUAAUGUCAUCCCUGCCUACCUCAUCCUGCUCACCUUAAGGUCGCUCCACUCGUAUGGCAUUCAGCGAAUCCCUAGUAGUGUGGACGAGUUGUUUGCAAUUUGCCGUGCGCCGAACAUUUUGUAUUCGCCCUAUUCACCGCAUGUCAGUCUUCAAGACACAUCAGAGGGAGCCUAUAUUCGCCGAACACAUCAACUGUUUGGGAUUGGAUGAGCAGUAGCUCACUGCUUGGCGAAUUCCGAAUGUGUGGAGCUGCCUUUACACCAACUCAUCUCACUCACCUCAACCCCCCCGGACUCACCCUACCUCAUCCCACCCAAUUCACCUCUCCCCAACUCACCCACACCUCAUUCCUCUAAGUAAAAUAUAAUUCGAUAAUUAUUUUAUGUGAGUUUUGCAAGAUAUUUAAAGAAUUGAGUCAGGAAGGAAACACCUUAGUGAAAAGUGAAGUAAUCAAUUUAUUCACAUUUAAUUUUUUUCUAUUUUUUCUUCCUUUUUAUUCCUUUCUAACAGUUUCAACAAAUAGGUGUUUGAAUGUACGUUUUCUAUUUGUUUUAAAGCAUAAUAUCUAAUCUUCUCAGAGUAUUUUGUUUAUGGGCUUAAAUCUUAGGCAGCAACCUUUUGUACUGGAAGACAUAAAUCAGGGAAUGAGAGCCUUUAUUUAUCAGUAUGUACAAUUUACCAAAGAUAAAAGGACAGUUUUCAAGUGAUACUUUUGUAAAUAUCUGCAAUAGAUUGGUAAGUGAAUAUUAUUGAUAUUUAAUUGCUAUGUUUGAUAACCAAUAGAAAUCUUUAAUUUCUAAAAUAAAAAUUUUCUUAAACCAUCCACAUUAGAGUAGACAUUUAAGAAUGUACUGUGAAAAGAGUUAUUAUUACCAGUUACUAGACUCCAUCUACCUGAGGGCAUAUAAAGAAACAUUAACAACAAAACAUAAACAUAUAACAUUUCGAAGAGUCCAUCAGACAUGGUUGUUGAUUUGAUAGUUAUUUCAGAUAAUUGUUGAUUGGCCCAAAAGUGAGAUUAUGGACAAAAAUUUGUAUUAAUGUUUGUAGAUCUACUGUUUUCAUACAUUUCUUAAAUGGUGCCAUAUAUUGCAUUCUGAAAAAGAAUAAGCUUAUGUUUAAAUGCACAUUUCUCUCUUUGUGUUAUAAGAAUUGUACAAAUAUGAUGAAAUGUCAAUAGAAAUUGUUUAGUCCUUUAUUUUUCGUUUUGGAUGUUGUGCUUAGUCUUUUCUCCCAUUUUUUAUAAUUAAAAAAGAAAAUUAUGAUUAUUUUUUUAACCACAAAUGAAUUAAGAAAGUUCAAACUCAAGAAAGUGAUAUUGCAUGUUAGUUGACCUUUAUUAACAGCUUCGUUAUUGUUAAUACAUUUCAAAAGAAAGUUGCAGUUUACAAAUAAUGAAAGUUUUAAUGUAGAAGAUUGCAUAUGCAAAUGGCACAAUAUCAACUGAUUACUGUAAGUACAAUAUGCCAUCAUUGAAUCAUAUACCAAAUGAUAUUUUAUUAAUUAUGUCAUUGCAGUAAAAUUCAUUUAUUAGUUUCAUGAAUUAUCUAUCAUUUAUGGUAUCUACUAAUUAACUUUUUUCUUCCUGAUGUUCUUUACUUCUUGUUAAUUAUAUAAAUAUUCACAUGCAAGAAAGUUCAUAUGAUAGUUUAAAGAGUUUUAUUAUAGUUUUUUCCCUUUGUCUUAAUGAUUGUAGAUUAUUUUACACGUUUGAGUUCCUCUUGCUGUAGUGACACUUGAUAUUGAAAAAUAUUUCACAUACUCAACAAUUUGUUUAUUAGAGGUGUUUCUUUAAAAGCUCAUUAUUUUAUCACUUUUAGCAUUCUCUAUUUGUUUACUUAAUGAGGCUAAAUAUUCCAGAUCUUUGUUAUCUUACUGUAACAUACAUCAAAGAUUGAUUGCUUUCUUCUGAUUUCGAUUAUUAUUUUCAAAUCUUAAGACCUUAUAGAGUGAUGUUCUGCAUCAUGCAAUUAUGGACGUAUUUUCUGUUUUUGUUAGAUAUUUGCUGUUUUGUAAAUUUUAAUUUUAUAGUACAAAAAUAACAUCUAAGUUAUUAAUUUAUCUGUUAAUAAAUAAAUAAGAGCUUGCAAUAAAAAAAGACUAUUCAGAGAAGGAUCAGUGAAUUUGUUACAAUUUUGUAAUUUCCUGAAAUUGAACUAAUGCACUGAGUAUUUUUCUACAUGUGAAUAUGUAGAGGAUAUUGGAAAUAAUAGUGAUUCUGCUUUACAUGAUGUUGUGACUAGGGGCUAUUGCCUUGCGUAGUUGUAUUUUAAAGUUUGUUCGUGGACUGAAUUGUUGAUGGCAUGAGCUGUGAUGUCAGUUAUUAGGUGGCUGAAAGAAAUAAUUUUGUAGCGCAUUAGCCUGAAGACAAACUAUUCCUUAGCAAUGAACUGUUAUAAACUAAUGUGAACUGUUCAUGUACAUUUCUCUUGUGCAUGGUCUUUUGACUAGAGUUUUGCCACAGACCUUACCAGAUCUUGAGUAUAAAAUUUAUAUAAUAUACAUGGCAAUAUAUUCUAUGCAGUUGUGUUUAUUGCUUUGUUAAAUUCAAUAUUAUUACAAGAUACAGAAGAACUGUAUUGAAAAUUUGUUUAGUGUAGAAUUUGUUCGACUGUGUUAAUAUAUCAGUUGGGGAAAAUAUGGGUACAAGAGUAUUGUCAAGUUACAUGAUUGUAAAUAUAAAUGUAUAAUUCAAGUGACUUGCCUGAUUCAUGAAAUUAUGGAAUUCACAUAUUUACUUCAAAUUGUGGAAUUCAAUUCAGCUGUAUUUUUAGUUCAAUAUGCAUAAUUGUGCAGAAGUAUUGUUAAAAAUGUGUACUAUAUUUACCAGAACAGUUGUUUGUGUUAUAAGGAUUUGAAAUGACCAAAUUAUAAGGGCUCUUCCCUUAGUCCUUGAGAAAAUUUUAUUAAGUUGUAUUUUAUAAAAUUUAAUAUUAUUAUUAUUAUUAUUAUUAUUAUUAUUAUUAUUAUUA